AUGUCGGUCGCAAACAAGAACCCUUUCGCCAUCCUUGGUGACGACGGCGAGGACGUCGCCGCCCCCAGGGCCGCUCCCGCCAAGGCCGCUGCCCCCGCCGCUACCCCCGCUGCCCAGCGCAACAUCCCCGGUGCCGGCAACCAGCGCCGCGGUGGCGCCCGCAACGGUGCUCCCCGUGCCGCUGCCGGUGCUGACGCCGUCGAGGGCGAGCAGCAGAAGGACGCCCGUGCUAGCCGUCCCCGCAACGGUGAGAGCCGCGGCCGUGGUGGCCGUGGUGGUCGUGGCCGCGGUGCCCCCCGAGGCCGUGCCUUCGACCGACACUCGCAGACCGACCGCGUCGACUCGCAGAAGGCUGUCGCCCAGGGCUGGGGCGGUGAAGACGGCAAGAAGGAGCUCGACAACGAGGAGAAGGCCGAGGCUGACGCCAAGGCUGAGGGUGCCGAGGCCGUCGCCGCUGGUGCUGCCGCUACCCCCGCUGAGGCUGAGAAGGUGCCCGAGGAGGAGGAGGACAAGACCAUGACGCUCGACCAGUACCUCGCCUCGAAAGCCGGCAAGAAGCUCAACAUCGAGAACAAGGCUCCUCGUGAGGUUUCGGGCGACGACUCGGCCUGGGCCAAGCUGACCAAGCACGAGAAGGAGGAGGCCGACUACUUCGCCUCGACCAAGACCCAGAAGCCCAAGACGAGCAGCAAGAAGGAGGGCAAGCAGCUCCUCGACAUCGAGCAGACCUUCAACCAGCCCGCUGUGCAGCGCAGCAGCCGUGGCGGUGCCCGUGGCGGCAACCGUGGUGCUCCUCGUGGUGAGCGUGGCGCCGGCCGUGGCCGUGGUGGCCGUGGUGGCCGUGGCAACAACGCCUCGGUCAACCUUGCCGACAAGAACGCCUUCCCCUCGCUUGCCUAG